UUACCAUAUACAAGAGUGUUUAAAAAAAGUGAAAAAAAAAAAUUAAAUAAACAAAAUGUCAGAUUCCGCUGUUGUUGAAAAUACUGCCUCUCCUGUUGCAGCCGCACCAGCUGCCGAGAAAAAGGCUAAAAAAACUACAACUCCCAAGGCAAAAAAACCAUCUAGUGUGCCAUCUCAUCCUCCAACUCAACAAAUGGUUGAUGCAGCUAUUAAAACUUUAAAGGAACGUGGUGGCUCUUCUCUUUCUGCUAUUAAGAAAUAUAUUGCCACUACUUAUAAGGUAGACGCUCAAAAAUUAUCGCCUUUCAUUAAGAAAUAUUUAAAAAGUGCCGUAGAUAGUGGAAAAUUAGUUCAACCAAAAGGUAAGGGUGCUGCUGGUUCAUUCAAAUUGUCAGCAGCUGCCUCCAAAGAGCCAAAAGAAAAGAAGAAACCCGCCGCUGCCAAAAAGACUGCUGAAAAGAAGAAUAGCGAAAAGUCCAAGGCAAAAACUGCUAAAAAGACAGGUACAGUUAAAGCAAACCCCGCCAAAAAGGCACCAGCAACUAAAGCAAAAACAUCACCAGCAAAGAUAAUUUAUUUUUAA